CAUAAAAUUCAACAAAUCCACCCAACUCACAUUCACGCAGUUCAAAAUUUCAGAUUUUAAUCCUUCCUUCUUCUCCACUCCUUAUCCUGCGCCUAACCAUGUGCACGUUAGAGAAGCGCGGCGAUCUCUUCCUCCUGACCCUAACCGGAGACGGCGAGCACAGAUUCCACCCAAACACCAUCGCCUCCAUAAUUUCACUUCUCGAACAAGCCAAAUCUCAAUCCAAGCGUGGAUCCGUCCUCAUCACCACCGCUAACGGAAAAUUCUUCUCCAACGGAUUCGAUCUCGCCUGGGCCCAAUCCUCCGGAUCCAAAACCGCCGCCGCGGAACGGCUUCACCACAUGGUCGAAUCGUUCAAACCGGUGGUCGCAGCGCUCCUCGAUCUCCCGAUGCCGACGAUCGCCGCCUUGAACGGCCACGCCGCCGCCGCGGGACUGAUGCUUGCGCUGAGCCACGACUAUGUCUUCAUGAGGAAUGACCGUGGGGUUUUGUACAUGAGCGAGGUGGACAUCGGGCUUUCGAUGCCGGACUACUUCGCGGCGAUUGUUAGGUCUAAGAUCGGGACGAGCGCGGCGAGGAGAGAGGUGUUUCUGAGCGGGAAGAAGAUCAGAGGAGAAGAAGCGGUGGCUCUUGGGAUCGUCGACUCGGCGGCGCAUGAUAGUGAGGAAGGGGUUUUGGAGGCUACUGUGCGCCUUGGGGAGAAAUUGGCGGCGAAGAAAUGGAGCGGUGAGGUUUAUGCGUCGAUCAGGAAGAGUUUGUAUCCUGAGCUUUGUGGGAUGUUGAAUUUGGAGGCUAAAAUCUUUGCAACUCCUAAGCUGUGAAAACUCUUCGAUUAGCAAAUUUGGUUUUAGAAGAAAACACUGGUUUUUUUGGGAGAAGACAAUGAUCAACUUUACGAUUAUGAUCGAUCAAAGAAACAAUAAACUAAAGUUCACUUUUUGUGGUCUGUUUAAGCAACACAUGUCCAAGGCUAUCUCCAUUUUCCAAAUAAUGUAUUAUUGUUGUUGUUAUUGUAACAAUUGUUAUGAUUAGUAACUUCAAAAUUGUGAAAUGAGGUUUUGUCAAA